AAUUACAAAGAAGCGGGAGGCGGGAGGAAGAAGAGGAGAGGGAAGCUCAAGCUAGCUAGGGCAAAACAAAAACCGACUUGUGAAAGUUUCUAGACGAAAGAGAUUCACAAUCUCUUCUUCAUCUCACUUCUCACAGUCUGUACUCUUCUUCUAUCUACAGCUGAGUAAGAGUUCGUUUCCAAUCUGCUCAAGAUCCGAUCAGAAAGAAGCAGCAAUGGCGUUGGUGAUGGAUGAAUACGGGAGGCCCUUUAUAAUACUGAAGGAACAGGAACAGAAGUCGAGGCUGCGUGGCCUCGAUGCUCAGAAGGCCAACAUUUCCGCCGGCAAGGCCGUCGCUCGGAUCCUCCGGACCUCACUCGGUCCCAAAGGCAUGGACAAGAUGCUCCAGAGCCCCGACGGAGACGUUAUCAUCUCAAAUGAUGGUGCAACCAUCUUGGAGCAGAUGGAUGUUGACAACCAGAUCGCAAAGCUAAUGGUAGAAUUGUCACGGAGUCAGGACUAUGAGAUUGGUGAUGGAACAACUGGAGUUGUUGUCAUGGCAGGGGCACUUCUUGAACAAGCCGAAAAGUUGUUGGAACGUGGCAUUCAUCCUAUUCGUAUUGCUGAGGGUUAUGAAAUGGCAUCAAGGAUUGCAGUUGAGCAUCUCGAACACAUAGCACAUAAAUUUGAAUUUGGUGUGAAUAAUUUUGAGCCUUUAGUUCAAACAUGCAUGACUACUUUGUCAUCUAAGAUUGUGAAUAGAUGCAAGCGUGUCCUAGCUGAGAUUGCUGUUAAAGCUGUUAUGGCUGUUGCAGAUUUUGAGAGGAAGGAUGUUAAUCUGGAUCUAAUCAAAGUGGAAGGGAAAGUUGGUGGAAAGCUAGAGGAUACAGAAUUAAUUUAUGGGAUUGUUAUUGACAAAGAUAUGAGCCAUCCUCAGAUGCCAAAGCAAAUUGAGGAUGCAAAAAUUGCGAUUUUGACUUGUCCAUUUGAACCACCUAAACCAAAGACCAAGCAUAAGGUUGAUAUUGAUACUGUUGAGAAAUUCCAAACUAUACGUCUGCAGGAGCAGAAGUAUUUUGAUGACAUGGUUCAGAAGUGCAAGGAUGUUGGUGCUACCUUAGUUAUUUGCCAGUGGGGUUUUGAUGAUGAAGCUAAUCACUUACUAAUGCAUAGAAAUUUGCCUGCUGUUAGAUGGGUUGGUGGUGUGGAGUUGGAGCUGAUUGCAAUAGCCACAGGUGGGAGAAUUGUGCCAAGGUUUCAGGAGUUGUCACCAGAAAAGCUUGGCAGGGCUGGGCUGGUUCAAGAAAAAUCCUUUGGUACAACAAAGGAUAGAAUGAUCUAUAUUGAACAGUGUGCCAAUUCAAGAGCUGUGACCAUAUUUAUUCGUGGUGGUAACAAAAUGAUGAUAGAGGAGACAAAACGGAGCCUUCAUGAUGCUUUAUGUGUGGCUAGAAAUCUUAUUCGCAACAAUUCUAUAGUGUAUGGUGGUGGAUCUGCUGAGAUCUCUUGCUCAAUUGCUGUGGAAGCAGCUUCUGAUAAUUAUCGAGGGGUUGAGCAGUAUGCAAUCAGGGCAUUUGCAGAUGCCUUAGAUUCUAUCCCCAUGGCACUCGCUGAGAAUAGUGGCCUUCCACCAAUUGAGACGCUAUCUGCAGUUAAAUCUCAGCAAAUAAAGGAGAAUAACCCGUGCUGUGGGAUUGAUUGUAAUGAUGUUGGCACGAAUAAUAUGAGUGAGCAAAAUGUGUUUGAGACUUUGAUUGGGAAGCAACAGCAGAUUUUGCUUGCAACUCAGGUUGUGAAAUUGAUUCUAAAGAUUGAUGAUGUCAUCACUCCGGCUGUUUACUGAUGAGUUGAGCUUUACCUAGAACUAGAAUUAUUUUAGUUUCUACUUCAAAUUUCCGAUGCUAUUGAGUGGAAACUCUCUCUUAUGUGUAUGCAUUGGAUUCUUUAUGUAAUCCAAUCACAAUUUCUUGGUAUAAAUUGAACAUUCUUGAAUCCAGUCGCCCUCUCUCUCUCUC